AUGUCAAUCAUUGAAAGCGUCUUCCAUUCUCUUCAUUCAUCGCCUCGAUUUUGGUUUGCCAUACAAUCACUGGUCGGAAUUGGAGCAUUCUCUCUUUUUGCUCAUGUCAUGCUAAAGAAUCGAAGAUUUACAUUGUUUUAUGCCUUGUUUACAUCGAUUCAUUGCUUGUUUACAAAUUCGUAUUUUGCAGCAAAUCAAUUUCCAAUUCUUCCAAUUGUUGGUCACUUUUAUUUAAAUGCAUCAGUAUUUGUACAUUUAUUUGUGUUGAUGAAAUGGAGAAAAUUGAAACCAAGUUGGUACUUGUGGAGCAUUUGCCUUCCUGGAUACUUUUAUUUAGCUUGGGGAGCAAUGGGAUCUAUGCUCUCCAUUCCUCAUUCACUUUUAAGAAUUGCAUUUCGACCACUCUUUUCACACCUCGAUCCCAAUAUGACCUAUUUUCAUUUAUUAACUUUGAGUUUAACAUUGUAUUCCUUCUACUUGUCGUUUGUGAGCCCAACUUUUGGAAAAGAGCAAGUACAUAUUGAUUUGACUCAUAAUCGAAAGAAGAGUGAGGAGGAACUUGUAGAUCAAUCUCAAAACCAUGACACUCUCAUGACCAUGUCAUGGAAUUGA